CUCCGGCUAAUUGACCACAUGCUACAAUUGCUAAUCGCUAUUUGGAGACAGCCCAGACAACCCAACACCCCCGCAAUCCCUCAGGCCUCGGAGGCCAAUUGAACCGUCACAAUGUCUCUCGUCCACCUCGCCCACGUCUGCUCGCAUCUGAACAAUGCCACCAAGGCCCGUCUCGGCCUCACAUCGAUCCCCAAUACAAAAAUGCACCUGAGUCUUUCACUCGCCCUCCAGAACGACGGAUUCCUCUCCUCCGUUGUCCGCGGCGGAAAGGCACCUCCCCCGCCACAUCUCCUCCUGGGUACCCCGGCCGUCAACGAUACAGUUCAAGAACUCGAGCCCGUGACACAGAAAAACAUUGCCUCGAGACGACUAUGGCUGGGACUGAAGUAUUGGCAAAGUGAUUCAGUGUUGGGCAAGAUGGUUCCGAUCAGCAAGCCCACCCGGAGAAUCAACCUGGACCUUCGGGCCCUCCGCCGGGUGGUCAAUGGAGAGGCGAGUGACUACGUUGAUGGAAUCCGGUCGCCUGGGGAAUCUCUUUACCUUUCGACAGAUCGGGGGAUCUUGGAAGCAAGAGAGUGUGUGGAGAAGAAGGUUGGUGGGUUGGUGCUUUGCAGAGUGCUCUAAAGCUGGGGAAGGUUCAUGACUUCGUUUUCUUUUCCUCUUCUGAUUCUCGUUGUCCUUUAUGGUUGUCGUGUUUGCAUUCAUUCCGGAGUUCGGUCAGUCGAAACGUCUCCCAUAUCAUGUUUCGAGCUUAUGGAUUGUUCUUUUUUGCGACUUGGGUUGGAUACCUGGGGCUGUGUAUAGUAUGAUAACGUGAAGUGCCCUUUUUUCCUUGUCCAUUUCUCUCUGCGCUUGUUCUU